GCGUGAGGCACUGCGAGGGAGGGGCCAGAGUCACCAGACAGACCCGCGCCAGUGUUCACCUGGACGCGGUCGAGAGAAGGUGGCUUGUUGCUCGAGCUCCUUCCUCCUUCCCCCUCCCCCCCACAUUGCGCCUCCUCCUCCCCCUACUCUUCCCAGUCUUAAUCUGCCUCCGCGCUCGGAAGAACCUGCUGAAGAAAAGGGGAGAGGAAGAGAGGUGAAGGAGGACGAUUGUUUCGUGUCCUGAAAAAGGAUAUGGAUUUUAGAGAAGGUUAACCGCAGUUAUUCCACGACAAACUCGUACCAAACGUUGCCGCUCUUGUGACUGAGAAGAAAAGGAGGAGGGAGAGAAGAAAGGGAGGAAGAGAUAGGCGGAAAGAGAGGGAGGAAAGAAGAAGAAGACUUAGAGGGAGUAGGAGAAGAAGAGAAGAAAGAAGAGAGAAGAUAGCGAGGAAAGAAAAGGAGUGACGGACGAUAGAGAGAAGAACGAAAAGGAAGAGAGAAAUUGACAGAAAGAGUAAAAGUGAGAAGAGAAGAAAAGAAGAACGAAGGUUGAAGAGACGGAGAGGAUAUGUAACUGUUCACGCCAUUGUAAUUAAGGGUGAUAAGUUUACGCUUAUUUCAGAGUGAAAUUUGUGAUAUUUGCAAAACACCAGAUGAAAAAGGAGUGUAGGAGUGCAUAAUUAAAGAAAAACAAUGAAAACAAACUAAAAAAAUCAGAAAAACAAGAAAAGGAAAGACAAAACGAUAAGGAAACACAAACACCAAACACGCAGAUUACAAUAAAGAAAAAGAGAGAAAGAAAGAAAAAAAGAAAACGAUUAGGAAACACAAACACAGGAUAGUGUUUAUAUCAUCGUUAACUAUCGCGUUUCAAACCUGUGACUUCAGUAAUAAGAGGAUUAUCAAUACAUUACGUAACACUGUCUCGGUUCCCUCUUUGAAGUUGGAGAACGAUUGUGAAUAAGGAAAUAAUUAUUUACACCAUAGUUGCGUCAGGCGUGUUUUAAAAUCAUUUUUGAAUACACGCUCUACUGCUGAAAACUCGCGCAUCGAAAUUACCCGCUUCUCCUUUUGGACCUAUAUCAUAUUCUGAGACAGAGAUGAAAUUAGUGUUGUUAAGACGGUAGCAGGGAGAUCAGAAAUCCAUAUCAACGCCAUGUCUUCGCCAAAGUCACCGAAGUCAGCUCUCAGCAAAAUCGGAUUAGGACGCCCAAGACCGCUUCGCGUCCUCGUGUUGGGACAAGCGGGCGUCGGGAAGUCUGCCCUGGUCGUCCGAUACAUCACCCGAAGAUACAUCGGCGAGUACGACCCUUCGCUGGAGCGUGUUUACCCUCACACCGCGGUCGUGGAUUCGGAGACGCUUGCGUUCGAAAUCCUGGACUCGGCCGGGCAUUCGCAUGAGAGCGCGUGGGAGGUGCCGGUGGUGCUCGUGGGCAACAAGAGGGACCAGGGAGGCGACCGCAUGGUGAGCAGCGAGGACGGCCUCAAGAGAAGCAGGGACAUCGGCUGCCACGCCUUCCACGAGAUCUCCGUCAGAGAGAGCAUCGAGGAGGUCUCCCGUGUCUUCAGUGACGCCGUCAGGUACUGGCGCGAGGUCAUGCGGACGCCCAAGCUGCGGCGGGCGUCGUCCGACCUCCACGACCUCCCGCAUGAGUCGUCGAAGGCCCUGCAGCCCCCUGUCAGCGUGCCCGGUUCCCCGGUGUGUGGGCGUCCCCAGGCCGCCCGCGCCGCUGCCCGCGCCGCCGCCCGCAGGGUCGCCAUUCGCUCCCGAACCCACCCAGUGUGCCCUAGCAUGACCUCCGUCCUCAGCCCGGCCGCCAAGGUCACCUCGGUUGACCCUGUGUGAAAAGACUUCUUCAGGGUCACUGACCUUCUUACCGUUUGACCCUCGCUCUCCUAUUUUCACUAUUCCUGCUUCACUGUUUUCUCCUUUUUUCUCCAUUUUCCUGUCUCUCUAUGUGUCUUUCUGUCUGGCUGCCUCUUUCUCCUUUUCUUUCGAAUUCUUUCCCUCUCGAUAUUUAUCUUGGUGCUUAUUUUU